GGACGGACGGAUAGACGGACGGAUUUUGAAGCUUUCAUGGGUAUACCUUUUGCCAAGCCACCAGUCGGAGAGCUACGAUUUAGUCAUCCCCAACCGUAUCCACAAUGGACAGAUAUUCUUAAUGCUACCCAGCAUAAAGAGGACUGUAUACAAAAGAGUGCUCUUGUGGCAAAUUCAAAAAUAACUGGCAGUGAAGAUUGUCUUUACUUAAAUGUUUACAGACCAAUAGUUGGAGAUAAUAAACAUUUAAAAUUACCCGUUAUGGUGUUUAUACAUGGAGGCGCCUGGUUAUCUGGUACCCAUAACCCAUUAUUUUUGGGCCCUGAAUAUUUUAUGGAUACCGAAGAAGUUGUACUGGUGACAAUCUCAUAUCGUUUGGGUAUUUUUGGUUUCUUGUCAACAAACGACAAUGUAGUGCCGGGUAAUUUCGGCAUGAAGGACCAAACAUUGGCCCUCAGAUGGAUACAGCAAAAUAUAGCCGACUUUGGAGGUGAUCCUCAGCAGGUGACCAUAUUUGGACAAAGUGCAGGUGCUGGAUCGACUCAUAUGCAUAUGUUGAGCAAACACUCGGAGGGAUUAUUCCAAGCUGCUAUAUCCAUUAGUGGGUUGGCCACUCUGCCCAUUGGUAUACAAACUGACCCCCUAAGAGUGGCUAGACUUACUGCUGAACACUGUCAUAUUCCGCAUGCCUACAACAUUAGUUCGCUGGAAUUACUGCAGGCUUUGCGUUACGCGGACAUUGAGUUACUUUUUGCAGCUGCUGAUAAAAUUAAAUAUUGGGAAAUAUAUCCACAAAUUAUUUACAGCCCAGUGGUGGAAAAUUUCAAAUCUCCUGAUGCUUUUAUAACAGAACAUCCUCGUGAUAUUUUGGCCAAAGGCAGUUACAAGCCUACACGCUUUAUGACCGGCAUUGUACCACAGGAUGGAGCUGUGAUGUCCAUACCGUUGUGGGAAUUAGAGCAUCUAAGGAAAUCUUUCAACAAGGACUUUGAUCAUCUGUUGGAAAAAUCUUUGCAACUUCCGCAUUUUAAUCGUUCCCAUUUGGAUUGGGCUAUGGAGAUGAUAGUCGAUGAAUAUUUUGAGGGCAGACAUGAGUUAAGUAAACAGGGAAGUUUGGAAGUAUAUAAUGAUUAUGUUUUUGGCUACCCGUUCUAUGAAACUGCCAGAAGCUUUGUUCAAACAGUGGACACCCAGAAAUAUCCCUUAAGUUUGUAUAUCUUCAACUAUAAGGGUCCCUAUUCCUAUGCACCGAUUUUUGGUGGAAAUAUGCCCAACCUAGACUAUGGAGUUGUUCACUGUGAUGAUCUGAUAUAUUUGUUUAGAAUGCCAGCAGUGUUUCCAGACUUUUCCAAAAACUCCACAGAUGCCCAAGUGAGUCAAGCUUUGGUGAAGGAUUUUGUAGAUUUUGCAGCUAAUCGAAAUACGGCAACAAAUCCGAAAUGUACUAAGGACAAUUUCCCCUUGAAUUCCUUGAAUUCGAUGUGUGAUUAUGUCUCAUAUCAAAAUGGUCCUUCGGGCUCGUUUAUGGUAAAGACCGAUGACAAAUUCAAUAUUCCUGCUCCAGAUGGAGUGAUAAAAAGCAAUCGUUAUUUGAGUUAA